UUAUAUUCAUAGUUGUGCAUAUUAAUCCGUAUAACCAUAAAUUAACGUCCCAUUAUAUGAAAUGUUGUUUCUUUUGGCGGCAUCAAAACCGCUACACUACCCUCUCACUUCAAUCCACUCACCACAAAAUCUAACCUCUCUUCAAACUUUUCCUACUAUUUAGCACUUACCUUCUUCCACAACAUCUCUAUCUAUCAAAGAUAUGGGAAGUUAUGUUGCCACCCCAUUUUCUUUCUCUAGUCUUCUCUGUCAUGAACAAACCGAUUCCACAUUCUUCUUCCAACAAGAUGAAGAUGAAAACACCAUCUUUGUUAAUAACAACAACCUUUGUUUCCUUUUGGAAGAUGAUGAAGACGAAUACAUUGAUUAUCUAUUCAAACAAGAAUCAGGAUUUGGAUCCUCCACCACUCAUUUCUUAUCCUACCAUAAUGAUGUUGAUCAUGAUAUAUUCUGGUUGAGAAAUGCUCGUUUGCAUGCCAUUGAUUGGAUUUUCAAUACACAAGUAAAAUUUGGAUUCACACUUCAAACAGCUUAUUUAUCAAUCACUUAUUUUGACCGCUUUCUCUCCAAGCGAUCCAUUGAUGAAUCAAAACCGUGGGCUAUUCAAUUAUUAUCAGUGGCAUGUUUAUCAAUAGCAGCAAAAAUGGAAGAACAAAGAGUUCCUCUAUUAUCAGAAUAUCCAAUAGAGUUUCGAUUUGAGAAUAAAGUUAUUAAGAACAUGGAGAUUUUAAUUUUGGCUACUUUAGAAUGGAAAAUGGGAUUGCCAACACCUUUUGCUUAUUUACAUUAUUUCUUCACCAAGUUCUGCAAUGGAUCAAGACCAGAAACAAUAAUCACAAAAGCCACAAAACACAUUAUAACAUUGGUCAAAGAUUUUAAUUUGAUGAAUCAACGACCAUCUAUAAUCGCUUCUGGUUCUAUAUUAGCAGCUUUUGAUUCUACAUUAACUCAGAAGGAAAUUGAUGUUCAGAUAAGACUAAUCUCAUCAUGGGGAAAUAUAGAAAGUGAACAAGUGUUUUCAUGUUACAAUGUUAUACAAGAAAAGAAGAGAGACAAAGUUAAGAAGACACCUUCCUCGGAUUUAUUAUCAAAAGAGUCGAAUUUGACUUAUGUUGUUGAGACCAAAUCUAGUGGUUUUUCAGGAGUUAAGAGAAAGCUUGGUUAUGAGAAUAUUGAAGAUUUUCAAGAACAAAAGCUACAACCACCUUAGUUUGUGUUUUCUAUACAUGAAAAUUAAUUAAUUUGAUUGGUAUUUUUUUGUAUUGUUUUUAGUUAAUUAAUAGGUCUAAUGAGUACAUUCACCAUUUUUAUGAAUGAGUUGGUAUUGAUAGAUUCAACCAAGAACAAAAAAGUUUUUGGGAGUGACAAGUGAGAAAAAAAAGAGUAAAUAAAUGAAAAGGUUGUUGUAGAUUUUGUUUAGAGAAUGGUGAUUGAGUGAAUGAAAGUUCACAAGGAUUGUGGUGGGGAAGUGAAAGCAAGAAAGAUAUGUGGAGUGUGUAAGUGGAACACUAUUUAUUAAUUAUUCAUAGUGAUAGUGUUUGCUUUUACAACUG